UUUUAAAAACUUCGCUUAAACUUCUGCAUCCGCAAGUCUGAAAACUUGAUUUUAAAUUUAUUUACUGGUCGAUGAUGUUGAUGAUGAUGAUAAUUACAAGUUGAUUCACGCCAAAUUCGUACAACGUUUUUCAAUAACAGUAGAACGAAAAUAAUUGGUUAGUAAAUUACAGCCCUCUAUUACUAAUCGCAUACCUUGAUAAAUGCAAUAUGAUUAGCUUCUAGCUCAAAGCUGACUUAUUUUUGCUCUGGAGUCCUUGAUCUGACAAAUUGAGCAUCGUUAUCAGAAUCUAAACAAUAUCAACACUUCCAAAAUCCAAGACCCCUAGAACAGUUCCUCAAUAUAGAAUUCGACAUUCGCUUUUGAUCCUUGAGUCUCAAAAAUUGAAUAAGGCUCCAGUUAAGUUUACCCGUGACAAACCCUAUAGAGCCGCAAACAAAGAACAUCCGCACCUGAAGUCUAGUCAAAAACGAUCCAAACAUUCUUCUGUCGACUCUAAAUUGAAGUCAACUCUAAUCGCUUAUUUGGUUAAAUCAAAUUUUAGUUCGCUAUAUUGGUUGAAGUGCAGUUUUAAGUUUCAUACACAACCCCGAAGUUGUUCUUAAGUAUAAACUUACUCAAGAUAAAUUUAAAGUCUUUUCUCAAAAUUUAUCGUCCUCAAUUUAUUCACACAAUUCUUGGAACAAUUCGCCUUACUUCCUUAAAAAAUAGAGCUGAACAAACUUUAAACUGUAAUUGAUCUCCAUUUUGUUCACAUCAGAAUUGGGCUGAUUACUUUGAAAACUUCGCAAAAUAAGCAGCUGUUCCGCCCCAUUUUCAAAAUUAAGUUCAUGCCAAGAGGAUUUUGGAGGGUAGACAAAAAGUUUUGCCUGAAAUCAAAUAUGUCAAAAUUUUCUUCUACCAUAAUGAAUCAACACCUUCCAGCUUCAUCUCUGGUGGACCAGGAAGUUUUCCGGCCUUGGGAAACAACAAUUAUUCCUAAAUCUUGCCGUGAAAACAAAGAACUGGCAAGUGAUGACAAUAUGAAUAUAUUGACAGCUUUCAAACAAGAAAUAAUCGAAAAAAGUUUUGUCUCGAGAAAACAAAACUACUCCGAUUUUUUUCUUCAAUCUAAAGAACAGAAUAGCGAAGAACACAGCGAGGCGAGUCCAGGACAAAUAAUGCGCAACAAUGAUGACGAUGAACCCAGUGCGAAGUAUUUACGACAAUCUCUUGCAUGCUUUGAAGCAACAGAAAAUGAAGAGCCCGAUGAGAAACUUUUGAGCUCGCUGACAUUUCACAAUGAAGGAAUCUCAUCGUCCGCGCUAAGGUCUCCUGAGCCUUUGGAUGAGCCGCUGGAUCUAAGCAUGGAGGAAAAAUCUAUUGACAGCAACCCAGAUAAACCAACCGCUGGACUUCCCCCGUUGCCAGCUCUGAUCCCCUUUCAAAGUGAAUGGAGGAAAACUGAACGAGGAAGCCAUGGCAGUCCAAACAAUCUUUUCCAUUCAACACCAGUUUCGAAACAGGUUCUACCGCCUGUGAUCUCCCUCAGAAGCAGCCCUCGGCCGAGAUCUCGGGAUCAAGUCCAAUAUUUUAACCCAUACGGUCAUCUGUCCAACACGAGGUUGUCCCAUCACCAGCUUAGCCCUUCUUUCACCCCCACCACUUGGGCUCAGCAGACCCAAGCGGCCGCAGCUGCGGCUGCUACCAGCGCAAUCAUCAUGCAAUCUCGCUUGGCAGCCGCUCACGCAAUGAGAACUCAAGCUCUUCGCAAUAACUCGCAGCCGCGUUUUUUCGAAGAAUUGUCGUGCAAAAAGCAUUUGUCGGAUCCGCAAAUUCCUGUCAAGCGAAAAUCAGAUGAAUUUUCGAGAUCUCAACACGAGUUGAGUUCGAGUAUUGAAGCAAUUCCACCGUUGCAAUUUAGUUUCCCGAACUUACAUGAACAGUUUCGUAGAAAACCAACGCCCUUUUCACCGGAUUGCAGUGGUGUGAGUCCAAAUCAUACGUCAGGAUCUCAAUCCGUCAAUUCCGACGGAGCUAGCACUAAUAAAACUUCACCAAACUAUCUACAGAAACUGACAUCAGAUACCAUUAGAGCUUCACUUGAAAAAAUAGACUCAAGCGAACUUGACUUCGACGAAUCAACUUCAGAACAUGAGCAGCAAACAUCAAUGAAGAGUUUUCUAGCCGAUUGCAAAAAGAAACAGCCUAAAACUGCUGCAGAGUACCAGUGCAACUUUUGUCCCAAGACAUUUCCGAGGGAGAAAACCCUUCAAACCCACUUACGAGUCCACACCAGAGAGCGGCCCUUUGCGUGCAACUACCCAGGGUGUCAAAAGGCAUUUGCCCAAAGUGGUCAACUGAGAACACAUCACCGACUUCAUUCGGGUGAAAAGCCCUACCGAUGUCCCAAUGGAGAUUGCAAGCAACGCUUCACUCAUUCGAAUCGCAAGUGUCUCCAGCAUCCAGAGGCAGUUUUGAUCAAGGAUGCAAUCCGAAUGUCUUAUCAAGACAUCCAGAGAAACCACUCCAGCCUCAGCGAUCCAGAAAAAGCUUGGAUGCGCUGGUAUGUUGAUACUUACUUCGAGAACGAAGUCAACUACCAGAGGUGUAUGAAUAAGUACCAACAGCGCAGUUUGCCAACUUUUCCGACCGGAAAUGACUCGCCAGACGAGGUUAAGUCGGACGAAAUUAAAACAGAAACCCGAAUGGCGGAAACAACCGCGGAACAACGUUCGCUAGCAGUAGCGAUUGCACUAAUGGAAUUGUCACAACUGAAGCGUCAAUCUACACCGUCGCCCAAAUCUGCUAUUUAGAUAUCGCGACUAGAAAAGUUGAUAAACUAAAUUAUAAAACUAUCGAUAUAGAUUAUAUAGACACUAUGCUCUU